GGAGGACCUUACUGCCGUGCGUGCUUGCUUGCUUCCACGGGGUUUAUUGUGUGCGUGCCUCGUCGGUGGCUUCAAGAUGGCCUGCAGACUGCUGCCACUGCUGCUGCUGCGCGCCAUGGUGUGAUCGUUUUGAUUCAACGGUGCCUUGUGUCCCACAGUAAAACGUUCCGUGAAAAAGAGUUGGUCAGUGCCAGGACGACGACGACGUGCCUUGACCGGCUGUGAACUGUCCGAGGCAACCUGAAAAUGUGAUGAUCGACUGUGAACCGAUCAAGCCGUCUAGAUGGAGGCCCGAGAAGAUUCCACCUCGGUGAAGUCACCGGUGGUGACCACGUCGUCGACGACGCCAGCCACAGAGGAGACUACAGAAUCGACCACGUCGUCGACGACGGAAAUAGUAAAGGAUACCACUGAGUCAGCCACAUCGUCGACGACGCCAGCUGCAGAGGAGACUACCGAAUCGAGGAUCAAGAAUGACACGACGAACGAUCUCAAAGACGAUGUUCGUCGAUCCAUCGAUAACCGUGUCGGUGUAGUGUCGUGCUGCGAGGCUUCCCUAGAAGCCCCCAGAACGAAUUCAUCCCUGAAAGUCGAGCCAGACCUCGAGAGUCCGGCCAUGAAAUCAGGAAAGGACAACAGCAAGAAGACCGAAAACGCAGUGGCGGAAGUCGAAUCGAUCGAAUCCACGCUGCAACGGGAUUCCGAUGAAACAUCAAAGUUAAACUCUCCUGACCAAGAGGAAGUGUCGAGUAUGGCCGAGAAAUUAGGCAAGAAUAUCAGCAAGGAGAGCGAAGAGGCUGAAACGGAAGUUGAUUCGAAUGAAUCCACAGACCAGAGAGAUUUCGGUGAAACGACAUUGACGUUGAAGUGUCUCGACCAAGAUGGGGAUCGAAUUCUGUCUGGUAGCGUGUUGAUCGGUUCCCCAGCGUCCAGAAAGAGGCCCGCCAGCGAUUUCUUGCCGAUAAACGCUGAGAUCAAGCGGAUCGGCGUCGAGACCCCGGAGAACGAAGCGAAUCAAUUUAGGGGCGACGUGAGGAGGAUCUCACCAGUAUUGGUGAGCCUUCGGGAGCGUACUCUGGGCGAGAUAUCGCUGUCUUCGGACUCGUGCCUGUUCGACGACAACGACGUUAACGGUCGACGUAUAUCGAGGAACAGUAGCAGAUGUAUGGACGAUUCGUUGAACGGUGGUUGCAUGCUGAACGUGAGCUUCGACGGUUCCGUGCAGACUGAUGGACAGCAGGAUCCCGUGACGAUAGAUCCUGCGCAGAGAGUGAACACCUCGCUGCAGGGUGACUGUGCGAGCAUUGUGAACACAGAGGAUUGUCAUCGGAAGCUCGAGUUUCCCGACACGUACAUCAUCGAUGAGGAUUCUUGUUGCUCCCUACCAGCGGAGAGCCCUGAAACCGAUGAUCAUCGGGCCUGCCACGAGAAACAGUGCGAGAAACCGAUCGAGACGUCCCAGUGCAAGACGACCACCGCGGAGGAGGAUGCAUCAUCGUCGUCCGGUAGCCCAGAUCAGACGAAAGGUGGUGCGUGUCCCUAUUUGGUGGUUAGGCUGGAACGGAUCGAUUGGCCGGACAGCGUGUCGCCGGAUAGGAAGGACAAGAAGAGGGUGAGCAACAACAAGAAGAAAAAGACCGAGGACGUUUUCGACCAGAGUACCACCGACCUGAAAGACUCGCCGAAGGAAUCUUCGUGCUGGGUCCAGAGGUGCACACUUGAGAAGAAGACCGAGUCCCUGGAUCCUAUGGCGAAACAGAUGGACUCGCCAAUAGUAGUCAGGCCGAAAACACCGCCGAUCGAACAGCAAUACUUACCUUCUGGCGAUAUCAAACGGUGUAAAGUGCUCUUGGAGAGGGUGGAGUCGCCUAAACGGGUGAGCAUUACGCCAGAGACGUUCGUUAAAGAGGAAAGUACACCACCUGGACCUGCGAAGAAGACCACCCAGGUCGAGGAAUCGGUGACCACGUCGUUACCUACCACGGAGAAUCAUCAAACGUCGAAUAACGUGGAGUCAUCCGAGGCGACACCAAACUCGCCGGAGGAACCGCUGGAACCUGCCACGGAAGUCCCAGAAGCGGUGGACACAGAAACAGAGACCGAAACCGGGUCAGAUAGCUCCGAGGUGUCAUCGUCCAUAACGAACGCACGUAUUCGUGGCUGCGACGACGACGCUGUUUCCGACCAGAUAUCCUGCCCCGAGAGCGAGUCCAUGUGCUGCGUCGAUAUCAAUCCCGAGAUCAUAACCAGGCUCGAGGCGGAGAGACCGGAAGCUUUCACGGAGGACUCCGCGGAGAGCCUGGCGCUCGCCACUGGGGCCAGGGAUGAGGUUAGGUCCGAUGGAAGCGAUUCUGGGCUGGGUAGCGAGAUCCCGGGGGAUCCUGGACCUGCACCGGCCCCGGAGAGCGACUCUGAGACCUCGUUCUUGGACAGGAUACCGGACGAUAUUCUUUCGGAUAAGGAGAAGGCCGUGAAUCAGCUGGACACUUUCGUCCCGAACGUCGCCGUUACGGGAACGCCGCAGACGCCGUUGACGACGUUCCCCAGCCCUCCGAAGAGCAAUCUGAAAAGACGAUUGACCGACUGCAUGGAAGGGGCUCCGAGUCCGAAGAGAACCAACACGGACGAACCGAUGAAAAAGAAACGAAACAUUCAGUUCGACGCAGUCACCGUCUACUACUUUCCCAGGUCACAAGGAUUCACCUGCGUGCCUUCUCAGGGCGGCAGUACUCUUGGUAUGAGCUCGACGCACACCCACGCCGAAAGGUUCUCGUUGUCGGAGCACGCCGCCGAGCAGAGGCGGCUACAUCGCGCCAGGUUGGCGCAACUGCGCUCUGAGCGUGCCGCGAAUUGCGUUGCGGAAGCUGCCUCCAGCUCGGAGGAUCCCAGCGACGACACGGACGAGGAGCAGAGCGACACCGAGGAGCUCGAUAUCGAUAGUUAUUACUUCCUCCAGCCAGUGCCCACGUGGCAAAGACGAGCCUUACUUAGAGCGGCGGGGGUCCGUAGAAUAGACGCGGUCGAGAAGGACGAGUGCCGGGACAUUCGUGCAAGCAGAGAACAUUGCGGCUGCGGGUGCAAAGGAUACUGUGAUCCUGAGAGCUGUCCUUGCAGUCGUGCCAACGUAAAGUGCCAGGUCGAUCGAGCGGGUUUCCCCUGUGGCUGCACACGCGACGGCUGCGCAAACAGUACAGGCAGGAUCGAGUUCAACCCGGUACGCGUGCGGACGCAUUUCAUUCACACGUUGAUGCGAUUAGAACUGGAGAAAAAACAGCGCGAAGAAGAGGAGGGCACGGAUCACGAUGUUUCCGACAAUCAGAACGGUAGAAGUCCCUUGAGGGAGAUCAGUUUAGGAUCGGUGAUGGAGAACAGGAACGCCGCGGAGUCAUGUCUGAACGGUGGCGGUUUCACGACGUUGCAUUACGAGAAUCACGAGGCUGGCGACGGCGGCGGGCCAAAUUGUCAGCCAGACGUUCCAGGGACACGGGAGGAUAGCCUGGAUCUGUACGCGAUUAGAGACGAUUGUUAUCCUAGCGAGGACACUGUCGACGGUACGCAGGGACCUCAAAGGAAACUUCAUCCUGAGUUUAGCCAAGCGUUUCAAACGUUCACGAGCCAAACGAGCGCCGGUGUUGUGAACUUCCAGCAGCCCGCUUAUCAGGACUAUCAACCUUAUGCUAACCUUCCUUCCACGUCUAGGGUGCAAUUCCAGCCGCAGUUUCAAACGGUGUCGGGAAAUCCAGCCGGCGGGUUCUCGCAUUACGCGGCGUACGGGCAGCAACAAGACACCGGUGGAACGAUUCCGGGGAACUGUCAGGUCCAUCCAGGCCAGCAGCAACAGCAGCAUUCUUCCAGUAAUUACGAGGCAACGUUCGCCCAGGACGAGACCACCGGAUCCCAGUACACAAAUCUGAACUCGGUGCCGACCAUCAACGCUGUGCAACAGUUCUCGGAACUUCUGUCACGUAGAUACUCGUAUUUCACGGAGAUCGAGCCGCAGGCGCACGGUACUUAUCACGGGACCGGGACGAAGGUCGAGGCGGAGAAGAGCCAAGGUAACGAGCAACAAUCAGAGAGCACGGAGGAGUGUGACGAGAACUUCGGGGAGAUUAUUAAGAAGUCGAUGGUGGAGACCGUGUCCGCUUAAAAAUAAGUCGGCGAACUGUUUUUCUUUUUCGUUUUACAUACGAGGAUUGUUGUCUCUGAAUGUGUGCGAAAACAGAGCAGAAAAAAAGGCCGUCUGGCUCGUAUAACAGUUCGACGACGAGAACAUAUAGAGUAAUCUUUCGACGAGCAUGAAUCUCGUUGAAACGCCUCGCGAAUAGAGGAUGAACAGAAUAAUUAGGGGUGAGGAAGCAGGAGGAGGGUCCGCGGGAACUCUCUCUCUCCGUUGCGGUCGGUUCAUCCUUCUGCGGGGGGUUAGAUAAAUCCGAGUAUAAAAUUGUUUCGGUGAUUUUCGAAAAGAACCAAACAAGGGGUUUCUUCUCAAGAAUCACUUCACCCGCGUGUUUACACACUGUGUACAUGACGAGUCCCGUGGAUGUCGUUAGAGAAAUUGUAACGCGGCUAUAUGGCGUGCGUCCGCCCGGGAUGGGAAACUCGAGACCGUCGUCCCUGUUGUUCCAUUUUGUAGACUAAUUCUCGGAUCGCCACGAUCGCGACCCGAGGUGUGGACACAUGGCGACGCUCUAGACAGGGACAAAACCUGCGAAGAGAAUCCGGGGGGGGGGGCCGCGAAUUCGGCGAUUGGAUUUUCAAGUGGGGCGAGGAAAGGGUCUUCGUCGGAAAUAUCUCCAUAGAACGAUACAGUCUCCUUGAAAAGAAAAACCGGAGCAAGGUAUCUCUGUAACCGAGAGUUACAGGGAAGCAAAAAAAUCAACGAGGUUGUGACCAAGAAACAACAUGGGAUCAGCUUAGAUUGCAGUUUAUAAGAGAAACCUUAACUUUAAUACAUUAAUCGUAGGGUCGCGGGUCACGCAACUUUUUAAAACGAGACACAACCAUAUUAAAAACCGGGGGGAAACGGGAGGUUUCGCGUGAAGAUGAUCGCAAUAAUGGCGCAAGGCCAGGGAGGGGAACACGUGUACCACCAAGAUUCGAAGGGUGUUCGCGAUGUUUGCUGAUGCGAGCAGAGGAAAGGCACACACGUAAUGUAAUUACGUACAACACACGAUCAUGUACCACAUGGAGAACACAUUUGUAAACACGACCACAAGAUCUGUGAGCGAUUGUGAUACUUGUGCAUAUGAAACAGAAAAAGAGAGAAAAGAAUAACGCAGUUUUGCCAGGCGAAAUAGGUUAAGGAAAUAAAAUUAUGGGACUUUUUUAUGCCAGUGUGUAGGAAGUCGAGAGAGUUCGAGUGGUUUUUCAAUCAACGGCUGAUGGUGAACGAUAGAGAAUAGAAUUUUCUUUUUCCUCGUGUUUGUAAUUAAGUACACACAUACACACACACACACUAAAUGCACAUUGCCGAUACACGGAAUAACACAUACAUAUAUACAGAAUACACAGCCUUUCCAAUGUUAGAGAAUCAUGGUUGGCUGACAUGAGCAAGGGCAUGCCUGUCUA